AUGUUUGAACUGAAUAACUUGCAGACAACGGGUACUACAGUAAUAUUUAAUAUUACAUAUCCUACAAAGAUCUAUGUUGAUGACGACAUGGAUGGACAAACAAUUUAUGCUGCUAUUGAAGGUGAUAGUGCUGUCAAAAAGUGGACCAAAGGAGCAUCAGAGGGCCUACAAGUGGGAGGUGAAUGUUUCUACUGUAUGGGUGUAUCGGUUGACAAAGAGAAAAAUGUCUAUAUGUCAUCGCCUGGUAGAAGUUGUGUGUACAAAUGGUCACCUCAAACGAAUAUCACAACUAUGGCUGCUGGUCAAGAAAAUUACCCAGGUAUGGAGAGCGAGCAUCUCGAUGCUCCUGAAGGUAUUUAUGUUGAUGGAAACAGUGGUACGGUGUACAUCGCUGAUUUUUCCAACAAUAGAAUUCAGAAAUGGGAAAAAGAUGCACACAAUGGUACCACUGUGGCCGGACUGAGUACAGGAGAAGGAGGUAGUGAUCAUGAAUCAUUGGCGAGACCAAGUUCUGUAUGGGUUGAUGAUGAAACUCAUGUUGUAUAUGUGGCUGAUUCAGCCAAUGAACGAAUUCAACGUUGGUUAUAUAAUGCAUCUAUGGGCGAUACCAUUGCUGGUGGAUCAGGUACGGGCGAUAAACUGACGCAAUUUGAUCAGCCGAUCGAUUUAAAAUUUGAUAAUGAUGGCAACCUCUAUGUGUGCGACCGUCUAAAUCAUCGUGUUCUUAUGUUUAAACUAAUUAACAAUGAGCCAUGUUCUCCAACAUCGACACCAACAUCAACACCAACAUCGACAACAACAUCAACAGGAAGCUCAUCAUUUCACAAAAUGACAAUGGCUAUGGUUACUUUUUCAAUCUUAAUAUGGAUAAUUAUGUGA